AAAACGAAAAACAAAAUAAACAGCAUUUUUUUUUUUUGCCUCAGAGCAAAGAUAAACAUAUGCCACACGACUUUACCGCAUUAAAUUUCUUGUCCUGUUUUUCUCUUUCUUCCCACUAUAAAAUAGCAAGUCAUUAUUAACUUUCCAUAUUUCUCCCAAAAAAAAAUCUCACCCCCAACCUUACAACCCAUGGCAGCUCCUCUAUUAAUUUCUUUUCUCCUCCUCUACUUCACGGCGGCCGGAGAGUCCAUCGGAGUAAACUACGGUACUCUGGCCAACAACCUUCCGUCACCGGCUCAAGUAGCGAACUUUCUCAAGACCCAGACCGUAAUUGACCGCGUUAAGAUCUUCGACGUUAACCCCGACAUCCUCCGUGCCUUUGCCGGUAGUGGGAUCUCCGUCACCGUAACGGUAGGUAACGGUGAGAUCGUGGGGUUAAAGGACCCAAAGGUAGCCCGGAGAUGGGUUUCGGCCAACAUAAAACCGUUUCAUCCGGCAACUAAAAUCAAUUACAUUGCGGUUGGAAAUGAGGUUCUUCAUUGGGGUGAUAAGUUCCAAGUUUCUGGCCUCGUCCCAGCCAUGAAAAGCCUCCACCACGCUCUUAUUCAAGAAGGGAUUAAAGAUAUUAAGGUAACAUCUCCUCAUUCUCUAGGAAUACUCUCAGUCUCAGAGCCACCAAGCUCAGCUCGAUUCAGGCGAGGCUACGACAGAGCAGUGUUCGUGCCAAUGCUGAAGUUCUUGCAAGAGACUAACUCACCAUUGAUGGUUAAUCCUUACCCCUACUUCGGCUACAAUCCCAAAAUGCCCAACUACUCUCUAUUCAAGCCCAACCGUGGCAUCCGUGACCCUAAAACCGGCAUCACGUACACGAACAUGUUCGAUGCCCAGAUGGAUGCCGUACACACAGCGGCGAAGGCUAUUGGGUUUGGAAAUGUUGAGCUGGUAAUCGGCGAGACGGGUUGGUCAUCGGCGUGUGAAUGGGAGGUUUGUUCGAUCGAGCACGCGAGGGAUUACAAUGCUAAUCUUAUUAAGCAUAUAAAUUCAGGAAAAGGAACACCUUUGAUGCCCAAUCGAAAGUUUGAGACUUAUCUGUUUGCUUUGUUUAAUGAGAAUCUUAAACCUGGUCCUCUUGGUGAACGCAAUUGGGGUCUUUUUCAGCCUGAUUUUACUCCCGUUUAUGAUGUUGGCAUUUUGCGCAAUGGACAGCGUCCUGGCGGUAGCGGAGGAGGAGGUGGCAGUGGCAGUGGAGCAGUUGGGAAGAAGUGGUGCGUACCAAAAUUGGAAGCAAGCGGUCAAGCAUUGCAGGCCAAUAUUGAUUACGUAUGCAGCUCAGGUGUGGACUGUAAGCCCAUUCAACCAGGUGGCUCCUGCUUUCAGCCCAAUGAUGUUAGGUCACAUGCCUCUUUCGUCAUGAACUCUUUCUACCAAACCAACGGUCGCCACGACUACAAUUGUGAUUUUGCAAAGACUGGACUCAUUACUUCAUCCAAUCCAAGUCGCGGUUCAUGUGUCUACGUCUAAAAUUGGAGGAGCUGUGUGGUUGAAGAUGAUCGAUGAUCAGAACCUUUUCAAUAUUUCAAAUUAUUAUUAAGAAAUUUUGAUAGAAAUCCGAAUGUCUUAUUGUAACUUUUAACUAAUAAUUAAUUGUAUUAUUCACUAUUUACAACUAUAAUAUUUUCCUUUUGUCUUCGGAUAUAAUAUUGGGGUGGGCGAUCGAGUCAUGUGGUCGAUAUAUGAAAGAAUGGUAUGGUAUGAUAUAACUGAAGUUGUAAAUUACUUGUGCGCCAAUUGAAAUGAUAUCUCAGUGCUGAGAAACGACAUCUUGCCUUCCA